UAUUUUUGAGUCCAACAUAGAUAAUCUGGAUACCACAGUGGAUCUUUAUAUUCUUAAUCAUCUAACAAACCCACCUAAUGGAAAACCUUGUCAAUUUGUCAUGGAAGUCACAAAUAAAACACAUGCAGAUGUAAAGGGUGGGACACUCACUCAGUAUGAAGGCAAAUUGAGACUGAUGGAAAUUGCUCAAGUGCCAAAAGCAUACGCUGAUGAGUAUAAAUCUGUAUCAAAAUUCAAAAUAUUUAAUACAAACAACCUAUGGAUCUCUCUUACAGCAGUUAAAAGACUGCAGGAGCAGAAUGCUAUUGAUAUGGAAAUCAUUGUAAAUCCAAAGACUUUGGAUGGAGGCCUGAAUGUCAUUCAGUUGGAAACUGCAGUAGGGGCUGCCAUUAAAAGCUUUGAGAACUCUCUAGGUAUUAAUGUUCCUAGGAGCCGUUUUCUGCCUGUCAAAACCACAUCAGAUCUCUUGCUUGUGAUGUCAAACCUUUAUAGUCUUAAUGCAGGAUCUCUGACAAUGAGUGAAAAGCGGGAAUUUCCUACAGUGCCCUUGGUUAAAUUAGGCGGUCCUUUUACGAAGGUUCAGGAUUAUCUAAGGAGAUUUGAAAGCAUACCAGAUAUGCUUGAAUUGGAUCACCUCACAGUUUCAGGAGAUAUAACAUUUGACAAGAAUGUUUUAUUACAGGGAACGGUUAUCAUCAUCGCAAAUCAUGGUGACUGAAUUGACAUCCCACCUGGAGCAGUAUUAGAGAACAAGAUUGUAUCUGGGAACCUUCAUACCUUGGACCACUGAAUGAAAAAUAUUGUGCACAUUUUAUACUAAUUAUGGGCUAAACAAUUUCUUACAAUGAUGUGUUCUCUAGGAUUAUAAAAUGGGCAGGUACUUUAUUAUGUUACUGUACCAUGCAGUGCUAAUUUUUAAGUUGAGUUUUCUGCAGUAUGCUUUUAGUCUAUGAAAAGCACAGGUGGAAGCAAUACUUUUCUUUUUGAAGAAGAUCCUGAAAGUUAAAUUCAUCUUAAAGUGCAAUAUUGUUUAAGCUUAAAACUGGUGUAGCUCGGCUGGAAAAUCUUUUAACAGAGGCCUCAAUAAUGGUCACUUUGAACUGCUUGUGAUUUUAAAAAUAAAGCUGUGA